AUCGUGGUCUUUAGUGCUCCUGCAUAUAGUACGAUUUCUCGACGACUUUUCUCCCGUUCUUCUCGCUAAUACGUGCACUAUUCGUUUCGAAUUAAAUUGACGUGCUACGAAAGCACGCACUUACGUACGACAUAAUUUUCGACGUCGAGUCACGAUGACGCCCCCUAUGGAAAGAAUACAAAUCUUGGAAACUAUCGAGAAAGAUAUCAUCGUGUGUCUACAAAGCGCAGGCCAAGCUUUCGUAGAACUAAGCAAAGAAAAGUCUAGCUUGAAACAAGCCGAAGCACAGACCCAGCAAUUUUUGAAAACGCUUGGUCACGUGGAAUCUAAGUUGAGCGAACAAAUCAACUAUUUGACUCAAGUUUCGACAGGUCAACCACACGAGGGAUCCGGGUACGCUAGUCAGAAGGUUCUACAAAUGGCCUGGCAUAGGUUAGAACACGCACGAAGCAGAGUAAACGAAUUGGAACUGAUCAAAAACAAACCAAGAUGAACGUGUCGAAUAAUUUCACCGGUGAAUCGUUUACCACGAUAUUCUGAUUAAUGGAUUUGAAGGUUUCACGGUGAUCUCGUGUGUCGCGUAUCUGUUUUUUCGUUUAUAUUAUUGAAUACGCGUACCGACUCGAUUCGUCGAGCAUCGAUAUCUUAUAAUGCUCAUUGUACUACCUCGGUGUACUGUAAAACACGAAUGAAAGAUUGAAGCAAG